CGGCUCCGUGCAGCGGGGGGGUCAGGCCGCAGGGCGGGAGCCUCCCGCCGCCCCCCCUCCCUCCCGCCGCAGUGGGAGGUGCCGCGCAUCCCGGAAGAGGUGAUCAGCCACUUCCGCCUGCCCGGACCGGAGCGCCGCUGCCACCAUGACUGCCACGCUGCGCCCGUACCUGAACGCGGUGCGCGCCACGCUGCAGGCCGCGCUGUGCCUGGAAAACUUCUCCUCUCAGGUGGUGGAGCGGCACAACAAGCCUGAGGUGGAAGUCAGGAGCAGCAAAGAGCUGCUGUUGCAGCCGGUGAUCAUCAGCAGGAAUGAGAAGGAGAAGGUCCUCAUUGAGGGCUCCAUUAACUCAGUGCGUGUCAGCAUCGCCGUGAAGCAGGCUGAUGAGAUCGAGAAGAUCUUGUGCCACAAAUUCAUGCGCUUUAUGAUGAUGAGGGCUGAGAACUUCUUUAUCCUGCGCAGGAAGCCCGUUGAGGGUUAUGACAUCAGCUUCUUGAUCACAAACUUCCACACGGAGCAGAUGUACAAGCACAAGCUGGUGGACUUUGUCAUCCACUUCAUGGAGGAGAUCGACAAGGAAAUCAGUGAGAUGAAACUCUCUGUCAAUGCGAGGGCCCGCAUCGUGGCAGAGGAGUUCCUUAAGAAUAUUAAUUGCAUUUCUGGCUUAGGAGAGCUGAGCCAGAGGAACCAGGACUGGGGCAAGCUGAGCCCACUGGUCUCUGCACAGGAGAAGAAAAUCUUCACAGUACAGGGCCCCUACCCCAUCAUUCGCCGUGAGCUGCGAGCCCGGGGCUGGGUGGAGAGGAAGCUCCAUGGCAUGGGCAGACAGCUGGAGCAGCAUCGUGGUGACCAAAACAAGCAGCAGCUGGAGACAGGGCCAAGUAAUUGUGGUGGUGAGCAGAGGCAGGCACUGCUGAACCCACAUGGUGGGGCACAGCCUUUUCUGGGGACUACAGACCCCCUGCACUACCCAUGGCUACCUGCUGAGGAGGAAGAGCAGUGUGAGGAGGACCCCAACAGCAUCCAUGACCUCAUGUCCUACCUGGUGCGGAAUCGGUUGCCAAACUUUAUCUGGACCAACUUCCUUGACGCCACUGAUCCUGAGCUGCUGCAGCAGGACAACGUCGUGAACCACUAUGCCGGGGUGGAUGCGUUCACCACCAAGGAGGGGCUGUGCCUCAGCCUACAAAAGCUGCCAUGGAUUGAGCAAGCUGACCCCAACACCUUCUUCCCCCGGUGCUACCGGUUGGGGAUCAUGGAAGAGCGAGAAGCUUUCAUUGAGGAUUUCCACCUGACAGCAGCACGCAGCCUGCUCAAACUGGCCCUGGAGGAGGCUGGGAACAGGCCAGUGAGGACUCAGCAGGUCCCAAACUCAGCCAAGUGGGGAGCACGGCCAGGCUCCCCCCCGUACCCUGAGCUGGUGGAGGAAGCCCUGGAGGUCUGUAAGCAGCACCUGGGCGUUCUGCAGCACCAGGACAUCGACAGGAGCACCCCGUCGCCCUGCAGGACAUGCAUCGACUGGGACCGCUUCCUGCAGCAAUACUACCGUGUGGCACAUGAGGGGGCAAGGCUAGUACUGACCAACCAGCAGCAGAAGCAGUGCCAGAACCUGCUGCGGCACCUGGCAGAGCAGCUGCCCCAGCUUGACAUGGAGGGCAAGCUCAACGUCUGGAUCCUCAAGCCUGGUGCUAAAUCCCAAGGCAGGGGCAUCAUCUGCACAACGCGGCUGGAGGAGGUGCUGCAGCGGGCAUGGGGCUGCAAAGCACCCUCGGUGCAGGUGGGCAGAUGGGUGGUGCAGAAGUACAUGGAGCGGCCGCUGACCAUUUUUGGCACCAAAUUUGAUAUCCGGCAAUGGUUUGUUGUGACUGACUGGAAGCCACUGACCGUGUGGUUCUACCAAGACUGCUACCUGCGCUUCUGCUCCCGACCCUUCUCCCUGUGUCACCUGGAGCGUGCCAGGCACCUCUGCAACGUCUCUGUCCAGAAGUGGUACAAGACAUCACCAGACCAGGACAUUCGUGUGCCCCACGACAAGAUCUGGUCAAACAAGCAAUUCCAGGAAUACCUGGCACAGCUCGGGCAGGCAGAUGCCUGGCACCAGGUGUUGGUGCCUGGCAUGAAGGCAGCGAUCCUGAGCGCUCUGCGCAGUGCCCAGGAGCAGGUGCGCUUCCACAAGGGCAGCUUCGAGCUCUACGGGGCUGACUUUCUUGUUGGGGAAGACUUCCAACCCUGGCUGCUGGAGAUCAACUCCUGCCCCACCAUGAGCCCCUCCUCGGCAGUGACCCGACAGCUCUGUGCCAACGUCCAGCGGGACACGCUGUGCCUCGUGCUCGACCGCAAGGACAAUCCCACCUGUUCCAUUGGAGCCUUUGAGCUCAUCUACAAGGAGGCAGCUGUGCCCAAGCCUCUGUCAGUGCGUGUGAAGCUGAUGGUCAAAGGCUGUUCCUUGAAGAAUCCACAGCAAGCCCAGGACCAACCACCCACCCCUGUGGCCAAUGCCCUCCACUACCUUGUGUCCCCAGGGGCCAGAGCCACCCAUGUACCCAGGCGAGCACAGCGUCAAUCCCUCACCGUUGUGCCUUGUGCCCCCAAGCUCUCCCUGUCAGCAGGAGGCAGAACCACCCAGGUGCCUCAGAGAGUAUGGCCUCGAUUUCCUCCAAAGGUGCUGAGUUCUUCCAAGUCAUCUGUGUCCCCAUGGGCUAGAACCACCCAGGUGACCCAGCCCCGAACAGCAACAGGGAAGCUGCCUCCUCUGGAGCAACCGCUCCAGAGCCACUACUCUUCCCCUAGCUCUGAUGCCUCAGCACCACCAAAGCCUCGGGCCUCAUCUGCUGGGAGCCAGGGGCUGCCAUGGCUCGGUCUGCUGCCUGGGCAGCCCCAGCCUGCAAAGCCCCGGAUCAGUGGCUGUUCCCAGGAGUGGGUGCCUGUGCCACCACCCCGGGGAACCCCCAGCAACCCCUGGCUAUCUCAGGGUUAUGCACGCUCCUUCUCUCCUGCCAAGCCCCUGCAACAACCUCUAUCUGCACAGAGCACCAGGACCCUGUGCCUGGAGCAGAAGCACACAGCAGCUCCCAAUGGUAUGCAGAAAACUGAGACCCCCCCAGGAGUGGACAGCACUCUGCCUGUCGUUGCUGACUCAACACAGCAGCACGUGGCUACCUCUCAUUUCCAAAAGCUCCCAUGCUGUGCCGUGGUACCCACCUCCUCCCUCAGGCGUGCUUUAAAAUAAUUUGUUGAUAAGGA